GCCGCUGCUGCAGGCAGAUCCAGUGACACAGUUGUUGAGGUAUGGAGGGUGAAGUGGUGCAGCUGGCCGGGCAUGUCUGAAUAGAAACCAACCUGCGUUAUUUUCCAACACAAACAGCAUUUAAACUCCAUGUUGAAGAUGGGGCAUUGCGGCAUUACGUCGUCCAAGACGGUCCUGGUCUUUCUGAACUUGAUAUUUUGGGCUGCUGCUGGUAUCCUGUGUUAUGUGGGCGCCUAUGUCUUCAUCACGUAUGACGACUACGAUCACUUUUUUGAAGACGUGUACACGCUCAUCCCAGCAGUCACCAUUAUUGCAGCUGGAGCCCUGCUUUUCAUUAUAGGGCUCAUUGGGUGCUGUGCCACUGUGAGAGAAAGCUACUGUGGACUUACAACGUUUGUCGUCAUUCUCCUGCUGGUUUUCCUGACGGAAGUAGCGGUGGUGGUUCUCGGGUACAUUUACAGAGCAAAGGUAAGAAAAUGAGUCAAUACUUCAAUCAGGAAAGUGUAUGAUGAGUACAAUGGCACCAACAGCAACGCCCAGAGUCGUGCCAUCGACUACGUUCAGAGACAGCUUCAGUGUUGUGGGAUCCACACUUACUCAGACUGGCAGAAUACACACUGGUAUGAAGAAUCCAAAAACAACAGUGUACCCAUCAGCUGUUGCAAAGCUAACGUCGUAGGCUGCACUGGGUCCCUAACUCGUCCUGAAGAUCUCUACCAAGAAGGUUGUGAGGCUCUGGUUGUGAAGAAGUUGAAGGAGAUCAUGAUGUAUGUCAUCUGGACUGCAUUGACAUUUGCUCUCAUCCAGAUGCUGGGGAUGUUAUGUGCCUGUGUCGUGCUGUGCCGCAGUGGCAGAGAUCCGGCGUAUGAGCUUCUGAUCACAGGGGGCACCAUUGCAUAAAGAAGAACACAUUUCUCACCAUAAGGCAAACUUUCAGAAUAUUACCCGUAUCCUGGGUGAGAGCAUGAACAUAAUCUAUUAACACAUUAAGCUUAAAACACUAACCCCACUAAAGUGAUAUAUUUGACCUUGUCUCUCCAAAAACAAAGCUGUUGACCAAAUUCUCUCAUGGUCAAUGUAAAUGAGAUGUAGGGAGCAUUCUGUUGCGUUGAGGAAGGUUUGAGAAUGGAUGUCCUUUUUUUAUUUUUACCAAGCUCAAACCUUGUUAGUCAUGUUUUAAGAAAAAGGUGACAGGGUAUUUUUCCUCAUAUGUUAGUUUGCACUGUGUGUGAUUUUGCUUAUUUUAUAUUUAAUCUGUCAAUUUGACUUUAUACUUCCACUAUUUCGUCUACUACUGUUACAGCUAAGUCUCACCAGCAGUAUUUGGUCAAGAAACACCACAGCCAAAGUCACUUGUGCAGAAAGUUGUGUGAACUAUGUAGCUCCACUGGUUUUUCCUAAUCUGAUCUCUCUUUUAAGGAGAACAUCUUGCAAUCCCUUUUAGUUUGUGGAAUUCUUCAAGUUGAAAUGCAUUCUUAACUCUAGAUUUACUUUGUCCUAUAGUUGUUUGUUCUCUUUUUUUUUUUUUGUCUCAACAGUCGACUGAUGGUAGUUUUUAGAACUUGAUUUGCUGAAAUGUAGCAAUGGAUAGAAUGUAAAUAAAAAGCUGGAAAAGUUUGAAAAUA